AUGUUCUCUGUUGAUGUAAAUGUUCAUCUAGUCCCGUCUACGCCCCAUACAUUCUUAUUCAGCGUUGGACUUGGGGCUCAGUUUUUGUCGCAAAAUGCUUACGAGUCGCGGCGCAAUCCAGAGAAUACCAUCAAAGGAAUGCUCAAGCGCAAAUCUGGACAAGAGGAGGAGGAGGCUGCAAGUGGAAGUACAACGAAGGGAGGUGCGGCGGACAGCGACGAUGAGGAAACUCAACGAGGGGGUGGAAGCAGUAGGAAGGCAGCGCGAAUUGAUCCAUUUGCCGGAGCAACUAAUCAUGCGAUUGUGAAAUCGCAGAAGUUGAAGAGCGGCAAAAGUGUUCUCGAGGCGGAUUAUGCUUCUAGGAAAGCAAGCAAGAAGAAAAAGAAGAAAAAGAAAAAGAAACAAGAAACAAGCGAGCAGGAUACAACAGAGAAGAAAUGA